AUGUGCGAACUGCAGGCACCAAGGCCAUCCGGCCGGAAGGGGUCGCGCAAGGUUCGCACCGGAUGUGUGACGUGCAAGAUCCGCAAAGUCAAAUGCGACGAAACGAAGCCAAGCUGCCUCAGGUGCACCAACACUGGUCGCAAAUGCGACGGUUACGUCCUGCAGCAUUCUCGCCAAGCUCCGAUCCAGCAUGCCGUCUCUGUCGUCCAACUUGAUUCCUCCAGCAGUCGCCGGGCUUUCGACUUUUAUCGCAGCAACGCCGCCCACUUGCUUCAGGGUGUCUGCGAAGGCGACUUCUGGAGCGGUGUGGUCUUGCAACUGAGUCUCCGGGAAGCGAGUGUGCAACAUGCGGUUCUCGCCGUGAGCGGCUUUCUGGAGUGCGCCACGUCGACCGAACCCGCCUCCCAUCUUGAUUCACAAAGAGCCUUUGCGUAUGGAGAGUACGGAAAAGCAAUACAGGCGCUCCAGAAAUGGGACGCACAGGGACGCGCGCCCGAUAUACCACUUCUUGUUUGUGUGCUGUUCAUCUGCAUCGAGUUCCUGCUGGACCGCGACCACGAGGUCCAGUUGCACGUAUGCCAGGGGCGCAAGAUACUACACAGCAUACCGAAAUCCCACUCGCCAGACUUUCGGCUCAUAAAGAAUGAUCUGGUCCCGAUUUACACGCGUCUAAGCCUUACAAGCUUUCUUUUCGGCAGUCGGCCUGCCCCGAUCCCCGACCAUCUCAAAGGCGUCGACGAAGUCCCAUCUAGCUUUUCAUCAAUGGAAGAUGCCAGAUACUGCUUGUUUCUCCUCUUGGACGAGGGGCUGCGAUUCACAACACGCGGUCAGCCUGCGGCCUAUGCACCAUCACCUGACGUGGAGGAGCUCAACCUCCUGGCUUUCGAGCAACAAAGCCUCUUGACCCGCUUAUCAGACUGGCGAGUCGCCUUUGCCAUCUUCACAGCAUCGCGUAGAAAAUCUCUUGCUACUGACCAGAAUUUGCUCCAAAUUUAUCAUACCACUGCUGUUAUCUGGAUCUCUACGGCGCUGCAGCCGUUUGAGACUGCCUACGACGCCCACACACCAGCAUUCGCCUCCAUCAUCACGGACGCCUCAGCUGUACUAAGCUGCUCCAACGCGAGAUCUCAGUUUCCGUCGUUCACAUUCGAGACCGAACUCAUUGCACCGCUGUAUUGGAUGGCAAUCAAGUGUCGGCACCCCUUACUUCGACGAGCGGCUGUUAGCCUGCUGAUGCGUGAUGAGCUGAGAAAUCGCCGAGAAAACAUGUGGUCUGGCAAAGAGUCGAUUGUCGUUGCGACGAGGGUGAUUGAGCUGGAGGAGGCACAGGGCAACACGCGAUACUCGAGCCCGGGUGAGCGGUCUGGCUCGAGUGUGCAUCUCAGCCCGCCUCCUACCGAUAUACGGGUUCCCCUGUGCCAACCACCGACUAUGGCCAAAAUGUUCCCGCUGAUAAUUGACCCAAUGAAUGGCCAUUGCGAUGAGGCUACGACACACGCCCUUGCCACGCCGCGGAUAUGCAAAAGAGCAGAGGACGCCAAGGUUCAAACCGUUAUACCCCCACCGGAAGGCGUCGACAUGUAUCCGCCGUAUGGUAUAGUCGAGAGCCGACGCAUUAAAAACACUUUGAUAGAACCUCGAAAGUCGGGCGGAGUUUGGAUCACCAUGUUUCGCGAUUUGGAAGACGGCCAGGAACAUUGGCACCUAGAACGGGAAUUCUUAGUCAUGUAA